AUGUCCUUUUUAGCUGGAGGCUCUGAAUGCUCAGCAUCAAGAAAUCCCAUUUCCCAAUUUUCAAAACAGGCUGGAGGUGAUUCCUUAAACCAGUCCUUUUUAAAUAAUUCCAGCAUCAAUACCAACUUACAACAGCAACAGCAACAGCAACAACAGCAAAAUCAACAAAAUCUCAUUCGAAAUGAACUAAAUCUAAACUCAAACGAUUUAAAUUCAAUGAACUCGUUUUUCAAUAACAAUGAUUUAAAUACAAAUGCAGAUGCUUUUAAUUUACAGCCUCUAUCAAAUGAACUAAACCUAAUCAAUCAACGCGAAUUUCAUACUCCGGGCGUAUCUUUAAACCAAUCUCAACUCCAACCUCAGCUCCAAAAUCAAGACUGGUCUCAAGAAUUUAAUAACUUUGCUCAAUCUAAAUCUCAACCCCAACCCCAACACCAACACCAACACCAACAUCAAUCAAACCAAUUUAAUCCUCAACUAAACCAAUUCAACUCUCGUUUGAAUUCUUUUGCUCCUCGUUUUAACUCUUUCAACCCCCAACUAAACUCAUUUAAUCAAAACAUCCCAUUCGCAAACCAAGCUCCUCUCCAAACAUCAAAAGAUCAAGUAAAUUGGGAUGACCAAUUUUCCAUGAUGGAAAAUGAAAUUAAAUUAAAAGAAAACAAAAAUGGAAGCGAAAAAGAAAAAGAAAAGGAAAAGGAACAUGAAAAGGGAAGGGAAAUCCCAAACCAAGACCAAGAAAUUGAUACAGAUAACGAAAAAUUAAAAGAAAAUUACCCUAUAAUCCUAGAAGAUAAAUUCAACUCAAAUUUCGAUGAGAUUUGGAACUCUUUGGACAACCAAAAUUUAAAUGACGACUUUCGUAACUAUGCCUUAAACCGCUCGGAUUUCGGUAAAUACCAAUUUGAAAGUGAUCACAAUAACCAAUUCUCAAAACUACUAAACCCUUACGAAAUUGGUCUCCAACUAAUGGAAAAUGGUGCAAAACUAUCUGAAGCUGCUUUAGCAUUCGAAGCAGCUGUCAAACAAAACCCAGACCACAUAGACGCUUGGUUAAAACUAGGUGAAGUUCAAACUGCCAAUGAAAAGGAAAUUGCUGGUUUAACUGCCUUGGAAAAAUGCCUUGAAUUGGAUCCAAACAACCUACCUGCUUUAUUAAACUUGUCCAUUAGUUAUAUCAAUGAAGGUUACGAUAACGCUGCUUUUUCAACUUUAGAAAAAUGGAUUCUAACAAAAUACCCUGGUUUAGUUGAUUUUUCAACCAAUACCAAUGGCACUUUGGACAGAAAAUCUUUAAAUAAAAAAGUCACUGAUUUAUUCAUAAAAGAAGCCCAAUUACUCUACAAUGAUCCUUCAAAACAAAUGGAUCCCGAUGUUCAGUUAGGUUUAGGUGUGUUAUUUUACGCAAAUGAGGAUUUCGACAAGACUAUUGACUGCUUUAAAACAGCUUUGGAUUUAAAACCUGAUGAUGAGUUAUUAUGGAACAGAUUAGGCGCUGCUUUGGCUAAUAGCAGCAGAAGUGAAGAAGCAAUCGAUGCCUAUUUCAAGGCUUUGCAAAUCAAACCAACUUUCGUUAGAGCGAGAUAUAAUUUAGGCGUCAGUUGUAUAAAUAUUGGUUGUUAUAAAGAAGCUGUCGAGCAUUUAUUGGGUGGGCUAGCAUUACAUAAAGUUGAAAAAGUUGAGGGAAUUGACUCAGAUCCAAAUGACUCUCAGUUUAAUAUAACUAAAAACCAAAGUAACAGUUUGAUGGAGACUUUAAAGAGAGCCUUCUUAUCUAUGGACAGGAGAGAUUUAUUAGAAAAAGUUAAGCCUGGAAUGGAUAUUGAACAAUUUAGAAAUGAAUUUUCAUUUUAG